CUAAUUUUCUUCCCUCCAAUUCACUUCAAUCAAUCACCAACCAAAUUCCCGUUUUCCGCUUUUCGAUUUAAUUCUCCCAACAAUUUUUAUUUUCUCUGUCUUUUCUUCCUUUACUGUUUCUUGCUUUUCAAUUUUCGCGGAUAUCACUCCAAGCGAAUGUGUAAUCACAAGAAAGGCGUGAAUUUGUUGGGGUUGACAUGCUUUGAGGGUUGUUUGUGUUUGCAAUUUUUUAUCUUGAGCUUGUGGGUGCUCUGUAACUACCCCAACUGUUAUUUUCUCGCUCUACCCGGUUUUGCUUGCAAUUUUUUGGAAUUCUUUGUUCGAUUGGUUUGGGGAAAUUCUCUUAUUCAAAUGUUCUGUUGUCGCUUUAUUUGAAAUUUUAUAUUUCAUGGUUGAGUUUUCUUUAUAUUUUUAUUCCUUCUACUCAUGCUACAAGGGGCCAGUGAACAACUGUAACAAAUAGUUGCAAACUAUUUUUAUUGUCGCUUAUUUGUGAUCUGAUCUCUACAGUACAUCCAUCUCUGAUAUGUGCUUUUGUCUGUCUUUGUUCUGCCUUUAUGGUAUAUUCAAUAUGUUUGGACAGUGUUAAGCCCUACUCGAAACAUGACCUCUGCUCACAACCUUACUGGAGUUUGUAGCAUGAUCCCCGUUACAUCACAGAGGAAAUUGUCCUCCACCAAAAAAACUCAACUGAGAUCUGGAGUUUGUGUUCCAUUUAUGAUAGCUGUUUUUUGCAUUCUGAUUGUUUCACAUGCAUUAGAAAAUACUUUACUAGAUAAUGAAGAUGAAGGGCAGCACCAGUCAGAAUCCCAAGUGCAGUCCCCGUCUGCAAAUGGAAUUUCUGAUUCCGCUAUUAGAACCCAGAAUGUCAAUGUACAGUACGCAACACCUGGCCAGCUUGGAGCUGGGCAUGCAAUGGUGCCACCUGUGUAUCCAUAUCCAGACCCUUAUUAUAGAAGCAUCUUUGCUCCCUAUGAUACUCAACCUUAUCCCCCACAAGCCUAUGGUGGACAGCCAAUGGUCCAUCUUCAGUUAAUGGGAAUUCAGCAAGCUGGUGUUCCUCUGCCAACAGAUGCAGUUGAGGAGCCUGUGUUUGUCAAUGCAAAACAAUAUCACGGUAUAUUGAGACGUAGACAAUCCCGUGCUAAAGCUGAAUCAGAAAAUAAAGCUAUAAGAAAUAGGAAGCCAUACUUGCAUGAAUCUCGACACAUGCACGCACUGAGAAGACCGAGAGGAUGUGGUGGUCGGUUUCUGAAUUCAAAGAAAGAAGAGAACCAGCAUAAUGAUGUAGCAUCAGCAGACAAAUCACAAUCCAAUAUCAAUCUCAAUUCUGAUAAAAAUGAUCAAACGUCAUCAGAUAGGACAUCCUGAAACUACAGAAAUGACAAUAUCUUAGACAGUGGGGGGAUCGAUUGUAUGUGAGAGGAUCAAUAAUACCUGCCUUGGAUAACCCACUAUUGCUUCAUUCUGGCUUUGUAAAAACACUCUAGGUUUUGUGUGGUAGGUACGUUAGGAUGUGGCAUGAUGCAGGUAAAAUGUAAAUUGAACUGAUUUAUCAAAUAUUGGCCUUGGUAGGUGAGAUUUUUAUGGUGAGCAUUUCUUUUGUAUUUGGUACUGUAGAGAGAUUAUAGAUUGUCCGAAGCCAUGUUUGGAUGGAUCAUGUUUAUUUACCUUGCUGGAGGCAGUUGAAGGAGUUUCAAGUUUCAACCAUGAUUGCUGAUGGAUAUUUUUAGUUCUUUCUGUUCAGUAAUUAUUGAUAGAAACAUAAAUAAGGUCAA